AUGUCCCAACAAGUUCUGUGUGGAGCGCCUCUCCCAGGGGAGGUACAAAGUGGGAGAGAAGAUCCUCUUCAUCAGGAUGCUUCACAACAAACACGUGAUGGUCCGCGUGGGAGGCGGCUGGGAAACGUUCGCCGGCUAUUUGCUGAAACACGACCCGUGCCGGAUGCUGCAGAUAUCCCGCGUAGACGGCAAGACCUCCCCCGUCCAGAACAAAUCACCGACCAUCAAAGACAUGAGUCCCGACACCUACCUGGUGGUCUCGGCGCACUACAAGUCCAAGAGGGAGGUGAAGUGAGACGCCGACGCCGGGAAUCACCGAUAACAACGCCGAAACGCUGCCGAUCUCGGCCAGCGACAGUUAGAAGUGUCAUUUGUGUGUUGAGUAUGUUUAGCGUGUGA